AUGGCUCGUGGCAAUCAAAGAGAAAAAGCACGCGAAAAAAACCAAAAGAAAAACGCUAAACAACAAAAGAAAAAGGAAGAUGGCGGGACUACCUUUAAAAAGCGAGCUGAAAGCGAUGCGGAAAUUAUGAGACAAAAACAACAGAAAGCGAUAGAAAAGAAACCUGACGAAGGGACUGCGGCAAAACAAUAA